AUGGCAGGUCGAGGAGGCAUGCUCAACGUGUCCGUGGAAGCCAGGACGGCGUCGCAACGGCCAUCAGAUCGUCGACAUGCGCGUCAAAGUACAUCGCGCUCCCAGACGGGUCCAGCCCGCGCACGAGCUCCCAGUCGCCCGAUGGAACUAACAACGACGGGGGCAGGCCACGCUGACAUGGCUGGCCGCAUAACUUUGGCAGUCAAGCAAUUUGAGACUGAGAUACAGACCCUGCUCAAGCGGCUCAAAAAGCAUGUCGAUGCGUCAGCCGACGCAGCUGAGACCAACGAAGCUGUCAUCGAGCUGUUUGAGGAGCUCAUCGAGCUACAGACGCAACGUCGUCCCAGACUGCUUCAUGCUGUGCUCAAGGCUCUACCUUUGCUGAUGGGCGACGGGGCUGUCCGGCUCAUCCGGUCGCUGUGGCGGCACUCAGUCCAUGUGGCCGUCGACUGGUUCCGCCAGCACGCGUCGCGUAUCUUGAGCUUUCAACUUGCCAUUCGCGGCUUGCUGAGCGAAGCCGCCAUCCAUUGGGAAGCUGCUGCGCGCCAGUCCUUGCGUUUGAUGCGACGAUCGCGUGUGGCAGACGUGCCUCGACCCCGCCAGGAUAAAGGUCGCUUGCACCGACACGGCCUUGCUCAUCAUACAUGGCUUGGUGGCCGCGGUGCUUCAGCUCCCAGCAUGCAGGCUGCCCUGUUGGUUUACCAUGAGCUGCUGCUGGCCAUGGCAGACGUCGCGCGCUAUCGGGCAGUCCUGACGCUGCCCGUCGACGCUGAGGCCCCUUCCGUUGAGACUUUGCAGCAACACGCAGAAGUUCUGUACUCGCUCGCAGCACGCGUUCACCCCAACGCCGGUCGCUCUUUCGUGGCCUUGGCUGGUUUGCACGCACGGCGCGGUCGUCACCUGGACGUGCUCUUCAACUACAUGCGCUCUCUGUGCAUCAAACAACCCGUCGAAUCAUCGCGAGAUGCUCUGGUGUCAAUGUUGGCCUCGUUAAGUGAGCGCGCGCAGGACUCGCUUGCUACCACGCAUGCGCGAGCCACGGCUGGCAAGACCUCGACUUCCGCGUCUGAAUCUUCGACCAACAUCUCCAACCGCAAGCCAGUGUGGCUGCGGCCUCGCGUGGAGCUGCAGCAAGCUCUUGCCAACUGCGAGACUCAGCCCGAGCUCGUGGAGGCCUUUGAUGAGCGGGGGUCGUCCAACUCGGAUCUGCAUCGUCUUACCCAACAACUGGCCGAGUUGUCAGUUGCAGAGGUUGUUAAGAUAACCAUGCACGGUAUUUUUGCUCUGGUGGCCAUGCUGUAUAAACAAAUGAGGGCCGAGGAGCUAGCGACAACCAUGCAAAUUGUCGAUGCAGGCCUGCGACAUGUUGUGGGGCAGCAUCAAGGACUUCGACCCUUGGGUCGCAACUUUGCUCUCAAGUUUGCGUUGCUAACGCCAUGGCUGCACACAGUCCCCCUGAAUCAGGGUCUCGAGCCCGUAUCGGAGGUGAUGGCGGCUGUACAUUUGUUGAGUCACACCGAUAUCAUUUUAUCUACCGAGAGCGGCGGUGACGGACAGGCCUUUAUUGCAGCUGUGACUGAUCUAGGCAACUUGGCCGUGGUGCUUCUGGAAUUUGCCUUGCCUCGAUGGGCAACCAUGCUAACACGUUGGUGGAGUGAAGGCGAUGCUCCCGCAUCCUCAACUGCGGAAGGCAUGAGUACGGCAACGUCAGCGACAACGACGGCCGCAACCAAAGCUACAGAUCAAGCCGAAGACGCUCAUCAAGCCCAAGCAGUUGACGUUCAUGAGGCAAGCGGUGAAGAGGUUGAAGUUGAUGAAGAGGAAAGCCCGGCUUCAUUGCGCGCGGCUUUGCUGCGCAUGACUGUGCGAAACACAGGGUCAUCUGACAGCGGGGAUGAUGGCGCGAGUGGCUCUGAUGAGGAGGAUAGCGACGAAGACGACGAAGACGACGAGGAAGAAGAGGCAGACCAGGCAGGCAUGCAUUCUGACUUUGGGAACGAAGACAGUGGAUCUGAUGUUACGAUUCAAGACCUCGAAGACCUGGAGAGAGCAGAUGACACCGACUGCUCAAGGCAGCCUCAGUUGCAUUUGGUGGCACAACUGACACGGCUGGCCGAGACGCUGGACGUGGUGGCUACCCUGGGUCAGGCCAUGACUGUCCUGGACACGUGGUCAGCCAUGGCUGGAGAAGCAAAGUGUCAUCUUCCAGAGCGCUUUUAUAUUCGAGGAUUACGACCCUUUCGUUCACUGAGUCGGGAAUGGGAACACGAGUGGUAUCGCAUUGACCUGGGAGCAACUGCUACCAAGGAUUGGCCGUCCCCGAUUGCUCGGUCCUCUUUGGUUGUGGUGCGUCUUUUUCUUUUGGUGCAACGAAUGGCGCAGUUGAGCCUGGAGCGUCCUGACGUAUUGGAUAUCCAUGAGGGCCGCUUUGAGUGCCGCAUCCAGACCCCUCGAUCUCACGCCACCAAUGAAGCCGCUGCUGCAGCCGUCGGGGAUGAGGCGCUGUGCACCAGCGAUCAUGCACGUGGCUCAAAUGAACAAGAUGCUCAAACAUCUUCCGACCAGCCGAGUGGUGGGGACGAGGACGAGCAGCCUGAGUUGUCACAACUGGCCUCCUCACUACAAGGUGAACUGGAUCGUCUAUUGCAGGAGCAAACAGAACAGCACAACGCCUUUGACGAUGCCUUGGCACAAGCACGGCGCACUGCGGAUCUGCAAUGGGUUGUGCAGCCCGAUUUGCUCGUGUUGGACACCAACGUGCUCUUGGAAGACAAGGCCUUUGCCAUUUGGGAGUCAGUACUGGCCCUGCGCCUUUUUACCUUGGCCAUCCCCAUUACAGGUAACGACGCUUUCAGUCGUCUCCGCCUGCUUUUGUGCGCGCGCGCUUUUGGGCCUGUCAAACGUUUCACCAUGUUGGCUUUUUCAUUUGUAUGGUUUGACCCAGUGUUGAGUGAGCUCGAGGGCAUGGCGCAAGAUUCUUCUGGCGAAUUUCAACGGCGUACCGCGGCGGCACAGGCCGCAUUGUCGUGGAUUCAAGCUCAGCCCGCAGCUGGCCAUCCGGUUCAAGCGCUCACUGCCUCGGGUCAGCUCUUUGCCACUUUAACAAACUUACACGAGGCUGGAGCCCGCCGCGAGGCGGACAACAAUGAUGCCGUGAUUUUGCAGGGUGCGCGGCGCCACCAGGAUCAGGAGCGCCCAGAUGAGGUUGUGAACGUAGCCCAGCGCAAAUAUCUCCUCAAACGCGUGGCCAUUGUGACGGGUGAUCGAAAUUUGCAGCUCCGUAGCCGAGCAGCUGGCGUUGCCGCCCUAGACCUUGGCACCCUUCAAGCUCAACUCCUCGCGCCCUAA